ACGACACACACACGCCCCUCUGUGGGCUGUGGCGGCAUCAAAACGGGACAGACAGGACUGCACUACAUCACUGUCACCCUGUGUUAAUCUGACACGCUGCUGUUACUUGUUAAUAUACUGAAUUAAGUGAUACACCGACCUGCCCCCUCUAUACACAAACUGAGACGCUGUUGGUGAGACGGUACAUUUGUAGUUCUUCCGGACUACAAAUUUAACCAUGCGCCUACCCGGAAAUGUGGCUCAUGUUGACGCUCCGGCUGCUGUGUAGUCUGUCAGUCCUCAUGAGUGCUGCAGCAGAGGUGUCUAAAGGUUCACAGACUCAAACACUGCACCUGCAGCUCCUCGGGGAUGUGACCUCACUGUUGUAGACGUCAUCAGCAUGGUCAAGACAUGUCAAGGACAUGUGGUGAGACCAUGAACAGCUGGGCACGUUAUCUCAUCUUUUUCCAAUACAUGGGGACAAGAUACAAUGGUGCAGUGAAAGUGCCUCCACAUCAGCUGCAUAAGAAAGGGGUCCAGGACCACUUGGAGGAUGCAAUAAGGCGGUUGAGGCCGGUUAACCCGGUGUCUUUGUCAGUCUCCAGCAGGACAGACACGGGCGUCCACGCCCUGUCUAACUCUGCCCACUUCGACCUCCAACGCAAGAACGAUAAGCCGCCGUUUAGUGAAGACAUUCUCGUCCAGGCCCUUAAUUUUCACCUGAGGACGGAGCAGAUCAGGGUCACCCGUGCCUACCGUGUGCCUGACAACUUCCACGCCCGUUUCCGUGCCCAGUCACGGACCUACGUCUACCGGAUAGCUUUGGGAAUCCCCCACCAGUCUCUGCUUCCCCUCACAGACUAUGAGCUCUGCUGGAACCUCCACAACAUGGAGCUGGAUGUGAGGGCCAUGCGUGAGGCUGCGGCCCUGCUGGUUGGGGUUCACGACUUCAGCAGCUUCAGGGCUGUCAACUCUGACAUAUCUUUUAAAAGCCCUGUGAAGACGCUGGAUGUGGCCAGCAUACAGCCAGGAAGCUCCUUUGUACAGACACACUUCCACAGAGAGAUACCAUUCUGGGAGCUGACUUUUACAAGCAGAUCUUUUCUCUAUAAACAGGUACGGAGGAUGACUGGGGCCUUGGUGGCGGUAGGCCAGGGGCAGCUUUCGGUUCCCCAGCUGAAGGAGGUACUGGAGGCUCGGGACUCUCUGGCCUACCCACAGGGCAUCAUUGCUCCAGCCCAUGGCCUCUUCCUCGCCAGAGUGGACUACAAAGAGACAGAUCUGCAGUUUUCACCGCAGCCAUCAGGAGAUCAAUUUAUCUCCAGUGGAAAUGUGGAGGAUUAAUUCUACUUCAUUCAUCAUAUUGAUAAACUGGAUUUUUUUAUACUACUGUAUGCAAUGAUUGUAAUAAAAGUUUUGUAUUUAUAUUUUUUCUCAUGGCACUUCACUUUGAGUCAACGUCCAUACUUGAUGAAUCUUUUUUUCCGACACAAAUAAACAUUAGAGCACAUACAGAUGAACAUCUACAUGUUCUUUUAAUUCAACAUAUUAAGAAUACAUAACUGUGUCCAUGAACGCAGCUCAGCUACAGAAUACCACACACCUUGAACCUAUCAUUGUCUACACAUGACCUUCAGGUUACAACAGACAACUUGCUUCAAGCCUAGUUAGGCAGUAUUAUUCCUAUGUAUACAUGUAUGAACUGGGUUUUGGUAGAUUCUGACAAUCAUCAAACGAGGUUGACAACAUGUGGAGAAGAGUGUUAAGUUCUAUAGCCAAAACUGCAUUGUGUGUCCAUGGCUCUUGUACAGUGGUAUUACAUUAUGGAUCAACAAAGUGCACACACUCUCACUGAUAAUGUAUACAUCCAAAUGUCCAAAUAAAACUGCAUACACUGCUUCAUUACCCCAAGGUUUUCACAGACCAUUCUUGUGGAUUUUCAUCACACUCUCACUUGCUUCUAAUUUGGCUGCAUCUGCUCAUUGAGUGAUUUUUCAGCAAGUUGUCUGUAAACAGUCCAUUAAAAGCAGACUACCACCAGCAAGUCUUUCUAGUGCUUGGUGGCAGCCAGAUGAGGUUUAUACAAGGUUCAGACUGACCAAUCACCGCCCUUAACGUUCCAGCGUGUUGAUCAAAUACACCAGACAUCGCACCGUUUCCAGAAUUUUCGUACAGUCACCCACUGAUGCAAGGUUAACUGAUUUAGGCUCACUGUGUUCGAAGUGCUGCAUCUGUCAAAAUUGAGCCUCAUGAGGAAUGUUUUUGCACUUCUUAGAAGUGUCCAUAAUUCAGUCACACUAUGUCUUUGACCUAAUUUUUUUUUUUUUUUAAAUAU